AUGAAGCUGUGGCUCGCGUUGCUGGUGACUUUCGCCCUCGUGGUGAGUUCAACGGAUCUUAGUAAUCCACACUGAGGAACGCCAGAGUGGUCCUCAGAAGGCCAACCUUGUACCGUUCGAAGGCUUCCCUCUAGAUAUCACAUUCGGAUUCGGACUUUUUAGCCAUUUUUCGUCUACUCACAAGAACCUGAUGCUUUGAUUAAAAAAAGUCCAGGCGUUUGGGGGUUCUACGGUAUUUUUUCUACAGUAAGCCUGAAAGAGGGCGGGGCCUAAUGGAGCCUAAUUCUAAAUAUUUAAAAGGUUGUUCACUAUCUAUGAUAGCAAAGAGAGCUCUCAGGAACAAAGAUGAACUUUUUGUACCAACGGUUAUUCGAAAAUCUCGGAGAACGUUUAUUCAAUAGAAAACAUGUUUUUUGAGAAUAUUUUCAGGUUCCAUCUGCUCGUGCUGGCAUUACAGAUAGGAUCACCAGUUUGAUAGACGUUGCACUUUUUUCGAGUACAUUGUGAAAACCAAGGUUUCCAGAUGUGUACGUUUGGCUAUUUGCCUAUUUUUCGACCUCCACCUCGACCUCGACCUCCACCUCGACCUCCACCUCGACCUCCACCUCCACCUACAAAUGUUGCUCCUGAGCUCCCGCCUCCAUUGCCUCCCGGACAAGAAUCUAACAAGGAUGCCGGAAAAGAACCUAGCAUAGAUCCAGGAAAAGGAGCAAAGACACCGGCUUCUCGGGAGAAAGGCAGCUUCCAAGUAAGUCGGCGAGCAAAUUCGAAAAAUUGUUUCACUUGAACGUGAGAGAAGAUUUGGAAAUUAGAUGAAUUGGACAACAAACUCUAAUCUACCGAAACAUUAGGAAUUUUCCAAAAACUGAUAUUUUUCCAGUCGAAACUGCAAACCGCCUUCGUUCUCGCCUCCGCCAACUUCCUCCGCGUCGCUCUUUUCUAA